ACUACCGGUACUGGUCGUAUGGCUCACUUGAAGGAUGUCCAACGUCGUUUCAAGAAUGGUUUCCGUGAAGGUACUCAAGCCAAGAAGCAAGCCACUGCUUAAUCAUCAUCAUAACAAUAAUAAUAAUAAAAAAACACCAUGAUUUUCAUUAUAAGACAAAGAAAAAAAAAGAAUGGACUAUGAUUGGUUACAUAAGACUUCUUUAGAUUGUCAUACAAUCAUGUAGAGAUUUUUUUGAGGGAAGAAUGUUUAGGCCAAGGUCAGCUGAACUAUUUAAGUUGUUCUUUAUUCUCAUUUGCCUUCUUUUUCUUCUUAUUUUCGUUAUGAAUUCUAAUUGUAAAGUAUCCUAUAUUAUCCAUAAUUUCAGUGAUUUAUGCAACUUACUUGCUUUACGCGUGCCCAACAAUGCCAAUAAACGAACGACUCAAUCUACAAAAGCUAACAUUAAACAAGCACUUUUGGCUUACAAUACUUCUUUACCCAAAUCCGUCAGAUAUCUUUCUGCCAGUAGUGAAUUGAUUGAGAAUUUGAUGUUUAGAGCUAUUCAGAACUGGUGUUGCAUUAGUUUCAAAAUUGUGCCUAUCGAAAUCGAACUGUUAAAGCAUGAUACACCCAAAACCAUACUCUAUUGUGUGGCAGCCAUCACUAUCACUUCCAUCAAUCCCAAGAACCAAAGCAGACAAGUUGAAGGCAAACACAACACAGACGAAGGCUUCAAAAAAGACGUUGCCUAUCACUUUUAUCAAAGAGCACGCCAUUAUCUGAAAGAAGUGAUCUUUGAAGACGAUAUCUCGGUGACAGCCAUUCAAUGUUAUUUUUGUCUAUGUUAUACAGCUAAUUUGUUGCGUUUGCCACUUGAGCGCCGAGCUUGGCAGCAUCUGGCUUGUGAAACACUCAAGAGCAAAGUAGCCUAUGUUCAAGAUUCGAAACCCAUUCGACAAUGCUGGUAUCGAUGGUACUACAUUGAUGCAUGGUUAGCCAUCUCAUUGGGCCAAGACUGUCUGUUGCCUGAUCAACUUCCAUUCCGUAUAGAACAUCAAAGACAACACCGAGCAAGCCAUGCCUAUCAUGGGUGCAUGAUGUCGAAUGAUACCUUGUAUGAUUUUGCUGUGAUGGGACAGCAUAUACGAAGAUACACGCAUGCAAUUCGACAAGGCACCCUGUUUUACAUGUACGAUGCAUUGACCACGGACAUGAUUGCUUGGUGGUCUAAUGUCAACGAUCAAAACUUACAGCUAGCCAACUGUUAUUAUUCUUUACGCCUUGUUCUCUUGUUCCAUUUACUUCACCAAGAUCAAUAUAAAGUCACAUUUGAUCUCUUGCUGGACGGGCUCGAUAACGCACUGCAUCUUCUUCAGGGUCUUCAAGAUCUCAAGUUAAGAGGGUGCGACCAAAGUACUUAUCAUCAUAUGUUCUUUGCUAUCCAUAGCACACUCAAGAAAAUACUAGUGCAUAUCCGAGGCAAUCCUGGAUUUCAUUGUCUCGAGGCAUUUGCAAAAAAACAGUUUGAGAUGAACCUGUGUAUUUUAGAAGGCACAAAUGCCUUUGUAGACGAUAUCUAUCAAAUGCGAAGUAUUGGUGCAACCAUUGAAGCAGAAAUGUGUGAAUUAGGUUUUAUUGACCAUGAUAUCAAGGGUAGAAAAUCACAACAUGUAUUUCGAGCCGAAAUAAUGGCGAAAUCAGCCAAGAAGCCAAAAAAGAGUCACACAAUGCAUUGAAACCACUUUUCUUUUUUUCUCUUUUUUUUUUUUUUUUUUUCCUUUAUGUUUAC